AAAUAAUCAUGUGAUGUUUGUCAUUGCAGAGAAAUUUUCCAAAUUGGACUGAGAUUUCAAAGCUGUUAACUUUGUUUAUUUCGUGUUUUGAUUCAAAGCCAUCAUCAAGCCCGAGAGAGAAGGAAGGAAGUAAGAACACUGACCCUCACGGUCACGUUUCCGCCACCAAACCCCACAAAUACAUUUUCAUCUCAUUGGAAGGGUUUUGGUUUGACAUAAAUUAGCCUUUCAAGAUCUCAGAGGGGCAGAAGAUCAAAGCCUAGACACACUCUCACAUAUAAAGAGUGUCUCUGAUUUGAUCUUUGUUUCUUUUCUCCUUGAAAAUUUUCAGCACCCCACAGGGUUCUGUCAGAAAAGUUUGAAUUUUGAGCCUGCCCUUUACAAUGAUAUCUUCCUUGAGACAGCCUGUUGUGGGGAUCAGUGGUUCUGAUCUUCUUUUGAGGCAAAGACAUGCAACCCCAGUUAAGGCACGGUCGUUUUUGCCUUCUUUGGCAAGGGAAAAGGGGCAGGGAUCUCUGGUUUCAGUGCAUAAGCCACUGCACAUUGCUUCUUCUCUUGGUGGUCGAAAUUUUGUGUCAGUGAAGAGUGAUGGAAAGGGUGAUUCGGUGAAGUGUGAGGCCUAUGAGGCAGACAGAUCAGAGGUUGAGUCUUCAAACACACCAUCAGAGGCUUCAAAGAAGGUGAAGAUUGGCAUAUAUUUUGCAACCUGGUGGGCUCUGAAUGUGGUGUUUAAUAUUUAUAACAAGAAGGUGUUGAAUGCCUACCCCUUCCCAUGGCUGACUUCAACUCUCUCACUUGCAUGUGGGUCUCUUAUGAUGUUGAUCUCUUGGGCCACUGGGAUUGCAGAAGCCCCGAAGACUGAUCCAGAGUUUUGGAAGUCUUUGUUCCCUGUUGCCGUUGCACAUACAAUAGGACAUGUGGCAGCAACUGUUAGUAUGUCAAAAGUUGCGGUAUCAUUUACACAUAUAAUCAAGAGUGGUGAGCCUGCUUUUAGUGUUCUGGUUUCAAGAUUUCUCUUGGGUGAGACCUUCCCUGUGCCAGUCUAUCUGUCUUUACUUCCGAUCAUUGGUGGGUGUGCACUUGCAGCUGUGACUGAACUCAAUUUCAACAUGACUGGUUUCAUGGGUGCUAUGAUAUCGAAUUUGGCAUUUGUAUUCCGUAAUAUCUUUUCAAAAAAGGGAAUGAAGGGAAAGUCUGUCAGUGGAAUGAAUUACUAUGCUUGUUUAUCUAUUUUAUCCCUUGCAAUUCUCACACCCUUUGCAAUUGCCGUGGAAGGGCCACAGAUGUGGAUUGCCGGAUGGAAAACAUCCAUCUCUCAGAUCGGAAACCAACUCAUAUGGUGGAUAGCAGCUCAAAGUGUAUUCUAUCAUUUAUACAACCAAGUAUCAUACAUGUCUCUGGAUGAGAUCUCUCCCUUGACAUUUAGCAUUGGAAACACCAUGAAACGUAUAUCUGUCAUAGUGUCUUCAAUUAUUAUCUUCCACACUCCAGUUCAACCUGUCAAUGCUCUUGGUGCCGCUAUUGCUAUCCUUGGAACCUUCUUAUAUUCACAGGCAAAACAAUAGAUUUGGUGGACUAUGAUUCCUCUAUGGAUUUGUUUGUUACUGUUCUUCAUGCUCAACCAGGGACAAGAAAGUUAAAUUUGGAAUGUGUCACACUGCUGGAUUUUUGUAAGACUAGGAUGAUCCGGUUUGUCAGUCCAUCUGUAGAUAGAUAUAAUAAUAAGAAUGCUGC